AUGCAUCCCAAUUUAGGCGUAAUAAAUUUAUUAGAAAAAUAUAUCUUUGAUUUCAUUUUAAAACUAGUUGACAAAAAGAAAAAAAAAAAAAAUUUAUCAAAAGGAAAAAUUAUUGAAACAACAAGAUUAUUUUAUAUUAUAGAAAUAAUAUGGACAAAUAUAAACGACAAUAUCUAUACAACAUUAAGACAGAUAUUUUACAUAAAUCCUCAAUUAUUUAUAUCACAAGAAGUAUCAAAUAGAACUAUUGGGAAAUUAACGAAAAUUAUUAAAAAGCCAAGAGAGCUACUAAAUAUAUACAAUUCACCUAAGGGAAUAAUUAGAGGAAAUAUUCUCCUCAAGGAAACAAAUUUUGGCACAUGGAUUGACUGCAUGAACACUUUUGAAGAAAGGGGCCAUUUAAUAUGCCCAUUUGGCGUGCCUGAUAUAGUAAUUUCUCCUGAUGUGAAAUAUGUUUUGAUAGUAGAAAAAGAAACAAUUUUUUAUAAAUUACUUCAAAGUAAUUUCAUAAAUAAAUAUGGACCCUCAAUAUUAGUUACAGGAAAGGGGUUUCCAGACAUUAACACGAGACAACUUAUAUCCAAAAUUUAUAGAAGAAAUAAAAACCUCAAGUUUUUUUGUUUAACUGAUUACGAUGCUUAUGGUCUUAACAUCGCUUUCACCUAUUCCUCAAAAUAUGAAUCAAAAGUUUACUAUGUAGAUGAUAUAUCAAUUGACAAUAUAUGCUGGUUGAAUCUUUUUGCCCCAGACGAAGCCAUUAAAAAAAAGGUUUUAAAGGAUAUGGAUCUUACUAAAUUGACCCCAAAAGAUAUCCAAAUAUUGCACAACAUUAGCAUGAAAUUAAAAAAUAGUACCAAAUUAUACACAGCUGAGAUUAAUCGUUGGAUAGAAUACGCCAACAAUAUGAAAGAUUCAGGUGUAAAGUAUGAAAUAGAUGCAAUCUCAGAUAUUGAAAAGCAUUUGGGCUCAAGAAUUAAAGAGCUUUUAUAA